AUGUCAGAUGAUGAUGUUUACUCGUCAGACGAAUUUUCUGAGUUUGACGACACAGACGCCGACGAAGAUUACUUUCCUGAGGGUAUUGAACAUCUACAAAAUAAUAGUGAGUCAGAAGCAAGUAUAACAGAUACAACUGCUACGAUAAGUCGUCAACAGAUUCAAUCUGAUCAGGUAAGCUCACCUGAUGUGUCUAUAAAUAUUCAACAAACAAAUCAGAACGUAGCAAUUUGGGGAAAUAUAAAUACCACAAUUAAUUAUUCAAAUUUCACUUAUAAUUCUACAAGAGAAACUGUAGGUAUUAACCCGGAUAUUUAUGAAACCAUGUAUGGUGGAAGCCCUUGGGAAUUUCUUUCACUUUUUUUGGAUACUGAAGUUUUUCAUCUCAUUGUUACUGAAACUAAUAGAUAUGCUGGUCAAUUACUAAGUACUCCACUGCGUCGUCAUUCGCGGCUUAAUGCUUGGAAAGAAACAAAUGCUGCUGAAAUUAAACGAUUUUUAGGUAUUAUAAUGUGGAUGGGACUAGAACACCUCCCAACAAUUCAGAACUAUUGGGCUAAAAAAGGGAUUUACUCCUCAAAAAUUUCAAAGUAUAUGAAAGUCAAGAGAUUUGAAUUAUUACUUCGAACAUUUCAUGUUAGUAACAACCAUGAAUGUCCUCCUGGAGAUAGACUUUUUAAAGUUCGAGGAUUGGUUGAUCUUUUAGUUUCCAAGUGUAAACGUGCAUAUAUACCUGAAGAAUCGCUAUGCAUUGACGAAUCUGUAAUACCAUUUAUUGGACGCCUUUCAUUUCGACAAUAUUUAAAAAAUAAACGACAUAGGUAUGGUGUUAAAAUAUUCAAAUUAUGUGUACAUGAUGGGUUUACAGUUGACUUUCGAAUAUAUGCAGGUAAAGAAGCUGUCCAAGGGUUGGAAGUUUCUACUAAAGUAGUUAUGGAGUUGACACAUGAAUAUUUAAAUUUUGGUAGGACAAUUUAUACGGACAACUGGUAUACGAGCGUUAAUUUGGCACAUAAGCUCUUGGAACAAAAUACUCAUUUAGUUGGGACACUAAGGGCCAAUAGAAAACAAAACCCAAAGGAUGUAGUACAAAAGAAACUGAAAAAAGGACAAGUUAUAGCGCAACAGAGUGACCGAGGUAUAGUUGUUCUAAAGUGGAAAGACAAAAGAGAUGUUCUUAUGCUCUCCACUAAACAUUCAGACACUAUGAUUGAAACAAUAAAUAAACGUGGUCAAACUACAAAAAAACAAGAAAUUGUUAUUGACUAUAACAAAGGAAAAGCUUUGGUUGACAUAUGUGAUCAGAGGUCCUCAUACUACAGUCCACUAAGAAAAUCCAUGAAAUGGUAUAGGAAAGUGGCAAUUGAAAUAAUACUGAGCACUUCAGUUUUAAAUGCCAUGUGUUUAUACAAUAAGGUAAAUAAAACGAAAAUUGGAAUUACUGAAUUUAAAGAAAUGUUGGUAAAAGAUAUGUGUGGUGAUUAUGAAGAAACCGAUAAAGAAGAAGUUGAACACAAACUAUCUAAAUCUGGAAAAAGAACUCGAUGUGUGAAAUGUUAUGAUGAAAUGGUAAAACAAGGAGGAAGAAAACAUGCUCAGCGAAUAACGAAACAAUCAAAUUAUUGGUGUGCAGCUUGCCAUAAAGUGUACUGCAUCGAAUGUUUUUUUGAUGACCACAGAGUCCGGGCAAAAUAA